AUGGCUUCAGCAAGCGGGCCACAGUUUACGGAUCGAAGUGCAAAGGCACUGACCGACGCUGCGAACCUGGCAGAGCAAUAUGCACACUCCCAGAUCCUCCCAGUGCAUCUCGCAGUCGCCCUCUUCGAUCCUGCCCCCGAUGAAUCCAAAGAUCAGCAAACUACCAUGAAUGCCUCUCAGGCACAUGCUUCUGCACCCCUCUUCAAACAAGUCGUAGAGCGAGCACAUGGUGACUUGCAACUACUCGACAGGGCUCUGAAGAAGCAGCUCGUGCGGCUGCCCAGCCAGGACCCCCCUCCAGACCAUGUCACCAUGUCUCCAAGCCUCUCAAAGGUAAUCAGAUCUGCCCAGGAACUCCAGAAGACGCAAAAGGACAGUUUUGUUGCCAUAGAUCACCUCAUCACAGCCCUCGCACAAGAUACAAAGAUCCAAGAGUGCCUCCGGGAGGCCAAUAUUCCCAACAAUAAACUUAUCGAUGCUGCCAUUCAGCAAAUUCGAGGCACGAAACGUGUCGACUCGAAGAAUGCUGACUCGGAGGAGGAGAAUGAAAACCUCAAGAAAUUCACAAUCGACAUGACCCAAUUGGCCAGAGAAGGCAAACUGGAUCCUGUUAUUGGCCGUGAGGAGGAAAUCCGUCGUGUUGUUCGAAUCCUGUCCAGGAGAACCAAGAACAACCCAGUCCUCAUCGGUGAACCGGGUGUUGGAAAAACCACAGUCAUUGAGGGCCUGGCCCAACGGAUCAUAAAUGCUGAUGUUCCUGCCAACCUUGCUGCUUGCAAACUGCUCUCACUCGAUGUGGGAUCUCUGGUUGCAGGCAGUAAAUACCGGGGUGAGUUUGAGGAGAGAAUGAAGGGUGUGCUCAAAGAGAUUGAAUCCUCCAACGAGACCAUUGUCUUAUUUGUCGACGAAAUCCAUCUUCUCAUGGGCGCUGGCUCAAGUGGUGAGGGUGGUAUGGAUGCCGCCAAUCUCCUCAAGCCUAUGUUGGCACGUGGACAACUCCAUUGCAUUGGUGCCACCACCCUUGCUGAAUAUCGGAAAUAUAUCGAAAAGGAUGCUGCUUUUGAACGAAGGUUCCAGCAAGUCUUGGUAAAAGAGCCCACAGUGGCAGAGACGAUAUCCAUUCUCCGUGGCUUGAAAGAGCGAUACGAGGUGCAUCACGGUGUUACCAUACUCGACGGGGCCAUUGUUGCCGCCGCUUCAUUGGCUGCCCGUUAUAUCACUUCUCGACGAUUACCCGACUCUGCUGUCGACCUGAUAGAUGAAGCUGCAGCUGACGUUCGGGUAAUCAGGGAAUCUCAGCCUGAAGUUCUUGACAAUCUCGAACGACGCCUCCGACAACUCGAAAUCGAAAUCCAUGCUCUACAGCGAGAAACAGAUCCAUCAUCAGCCCAACGAUUGGAGGAAGCCAAACGUGAGGCUGCAAACACCAAAGAAGAGCUUGAACCACUAAAAGAGCACUAUGAGCGUGAAAAAGCUCGCUCCAGAGAAAUUCAAGAGGCAAAGAUGAAGCUCGAACAAUUGAAGAACAAAAGGGAUGAGGCUGAGCGUUCCAAUGAUCUACAAACUGCCUCAGACUUGACCUACUACGCGAUCCCCGAUACCACCGCCAAGAUCAAAGCUCUUGAAGCUGCCAGGGCACAGGCAGAUGCAGAGCAACACAUCAGACUCGGAACUUUGGGCGAGGCAUCCCCAACCGACGCAGUUGGUCCCGAACAGAUUCAAGCAAUCGUUGCCAAACAGACGGGUAUCCCGAUCACGAGACUUCGAGCUUCAGAGAAGGAAAAGAUUCUUCAUAUGGAACAGCACCUACAGAAGAUAGUUGUUGGUCAGAAAGAAGCCGUUAGAGCCGUGUCCAAUGCCAUCAGACUUCAAAGAUCAGGGCUUGGGAAUCCCAAUCAACCACCCAGUUUCCUCUUCUGUGGUCCAUCGGGUACCGGCAAGACGCUUCUGACAAAAGCGCUUGCCGAGUUCUUAUUCGACGACGCAAAGGCUAUGAUCCGCCUAGAUAUGUCAGAAUACCAAGAACGUCACUCAUUGUCAAGAAUGAUCGGUGCGCCACCUGGUUAUGUUGGACACGAUGCUGGUGGUCAACUCACAGAAGCUCUCAGACGUCGGCCAUUUUCAAUCUUAUUGUUCGAUGAGGUUGAGAAAGCUGCGAAAGAGGUUCUAACCGUUCUGCUACAACUCAUGGAUGACGGCAGAAUUACGGAUGGUCAAGGCAGAGUGAUCGACGCAAGAAAUUGUAUUGUUGUGAUGACCAGUAACCUCGGCGCUGAGUAUCUCGCCCGGAACAAUGCUCCUGAUGGCCGCAUCGACCCAACCACCAAAGAAUUGGUCAUGAACGCCCUUCGAAACUGGUUCUUACCAGAGUUCUUGAACAGAAUCAGUUCAAUUGUGAUUUUCAACCGGUUAACCAGGCGUGAGAUUAGAAAGAUCGUGGAUCUCAGAUUAAAUGAAAUCCAGAAACGUCUUGAAGCCAAUGACAAGAAGGUCACAAUCGAGGCCACUGAUGAGGUCAAAGACUACUUGGGAGCUGCUGGAUACUCACCUGCUUAUGGCGCUCGCCCACUGCAACGGUUGAUUGAAAAGGAGAUCCUCAAUCGCCUUGCAGUUCUUAUGCUCCGAGGGGCCAUCAAAGACGGUGAAACAGCACGCGUCGAGCUAGAUGAUGGUAGAAUCGUUGUCCUGCCCAACCACACCGACAGUGACAUGGAUGACGAUGAGGAUAUGAUCGACGAUGACGAUGCGAUGUUGGAACUUGAAGAUGGCGCCAAUGGGAAUAUGGACCUUUACGAAUAA